GCCCAGAGGUUUAGGGAGUCUGACUUCAGUGUGUGAACGGCAACAUUUCGAGAGGGUGGUUCUCCAAUGGGAAGGUGCCAAGGGAGUGAUGAUCCUGAGAAUGUGAGGAAAAGCAGAGUCUGGCGGCCGCCUCAGUCUGCAUCCUGACAGAGAGAAGAUAAGGUGGCAGCACAGCUUUCCUGGAAUACAAUCCGCAUUUUGACACUCGCUUUUUAAGCACUGCCCAUCUGUCUGUUAUUCAGCUGGAGCCUCUGGGGAGAAAGAGGAGCUACAGGCACAGAAAGCGACUGAGAGAGAAAGCAAAGGCACUCCUUAAUAAAGGUCUGCUGAAAAACUGCCUGAGCAAAGUGCCACAUCUGGAAGCUGAAACUUAAAAUAACUGAGGCGCCACUCAACGGAGCAGGGGGGUGGGGGGCUGAUUAAAGCAGAAGCAAACAAAUUAAGCACGAAGGCACUGCAGGAUCACUGCUGGAUGUGAACAGAGGAGAUGGCUUUGAUCUUGGCCUGGCCCCUGCUUUUCCCUAUAUUCGCCUUCCUGGAGUCAUUCUCCUCCAGCUCUGCUUCACCGGAGAGCAAUGUUUUUCAUUCUGACAUUGAAGGGAGCUCAGCAGUCGGUAGCCAAGAAGACAGCCUCAUCAGAGGACAGCAGCAAUCUGUAACUUUCAGAAGUUGGUCGCCUUUUACUGAGAGAUGCCAAGAAGGCUUUUUCCAGACAUUUUCAGGAGAAUGCCGUCCUUGUCAUUGCAACAACAAUGCAUACAAGUGCCUUGACGGAUCUGGAGUUUGUCUGGACUGUCAACGAAACACAACUGGAGACCACUGUGACCGCUGUCCAGAGGGCUACCUGGGGGAUGUCACCAGGGGAGCGCCCAGCUACUGCCAGCCUUGCCCAUGCCCCUUGCCACAAAUUGCCAACUUUGCAGUGUCCUGUUACAGAAAAAAUGGAGUGGUGCGCUGUAAGUGCAAAGAAAAUUAUGCAGGGCCAAACUGUGAAAGGUGUGCACCCGGUUACUAUGGAAAUCCCUUGCUGAUUGGCAGCUCCUGUAAAAAAUGUGACUGCAGUGGCAACUCAGAUCCUAACCUGAUCUUUGAAGAUUGUGAUGAAGUGACAGGACAGUGUCGCAACUGCUUGCGCAACACCACAGGGUUCAAUUGUGAACUAUGCGCUCCAGGCUAUUAUGGGGAUGCCAGAAUAGCUAAAACAUGUACAGCAUGCAAUUGCAGAGGAGGCCCUUGUGACCACCGAACAGGACAAUGUCUAGCAGAACCUCCAGUGCCUCCUCCUGCCACCGAUUGCCCUGUUAUCAGCUGUGACAAAUGCAUUUGGGAUUUGACCAAUGACCUUGGUUUGGCAGCCCAAUCCAUUGAUGAAAGCAAAGCAACACUGCAGAGCAUCUCCACAGGGGCUGCUGCUCACAGACAUUUGCAGGACCUCAACUCCACAACUUUCUUCCUCAAGAAAAAAUUGUCAGAGAAGGAUAGUCAUUCUGUACUGAGGAAGAGCCAGACUGAUAAUGCCGCAAAUGAAAUGACUGAGCUUCUCAAAGAAAUCAAUGCACUCGAUAAAAAGAAAAAUCAAGAAUCAAGCAGAGGCCUACUGGUACAGAAGGAAACCAUGGAGACCACUGACCGUGCUACUAUUCUUGUAGAGGCACUUGAAAAUAUGAUGGAUAAUAUCCAAGAAAUCAGUAGCAAAGUGGAAUAUUAUAGUAUUGAGCAUGACCUGAAGCCCGAGGAUAUUACUCAGAAGCUCAAAGCAGCAGAAGAGAUGCUGAAGGACAUCAGACAACGCAAGCCAUUCACCAUUCAGAUGCAGCUUGCUGGCACAGAGUCUGAUGAGGCAAAGGAGUUGCUAGAGAAAGCUGAAAAGUGGCAGCAGACACACAAUGAAACCAGAUCCCUAAUUCCUGACAUAUUGGACCAACUUGGAGAGCACAAUGCCAAGGUCGCGGAUUUGCUAGAGGCCCUGGACCAAGCUGCUGAUUACAUCAGAAAAGCAGAAGUGAUAAAUAAGGAAAACACUGCCAAACUCCAAGAGCAGGAGAACCAGCAUGAAAUAUUGGAGGAACAGAUUAACAAGGUUAACAGUACUCUGCUGAUUGCCAGAGAUAUUUUAAGUGUCCCAUAUCAAAUAUACUAUGAAAUGAAUGAGGCAAUACAGAAUGCAUCCGGGUUUUAUGCAGAAAUAGAUGGAGCAAAAAUACACCUUCAGGACAAAUUGGCCAACCUCUCAAGGUUUGAUGAUGUUAUAGUGCAGAAGGCCACAGACUAUGCACAGGAGCUGCGCAUUCUUGCAGAUGACCUAAAAAGGUCGUUGCAUGGUGUUGAUACAAAUGGAUUAGUUCAAAAAGCAAUAAAUGCCUCCAAUGUCCAUGAAAAUAUCCUUAAUUACAUCCACGAAGCCAGUCAGAUGGCUGCCUUGGCAUUAAAUACUACAGAGCGAGUCAGUGAUGCUGUUGUUGGAAUUGGCACUCAGAUCGUUUACCAUAAAGAGGAAAGCCAAAAGCUUCUCCAGCAAGCCAAAGAACAGCAACAGACGGCACCUGCUAAUGAUUUAGCAGUUGCCAACACAGGUCAACAUGCUAAUGAGACUCUUGCCAGGAAGAAUAAUUUUAAAGCCCAUUUGAUGAAAGUCGUUACUCAAAUACAGAUGCCAGAGCAAGAUAAUGCCAAGAAACGUUUGGAAGAGUUGAAAGUCAUUGCUGAUCAAGCUCUAAAUACAGCUGCAGUGGUAAACCAAACGACAGACCCGAUGAUGAAGAAUUUGACCAAAUGGUCCCAAGAUCUGAAAACCUUUGAACCUGAAAAGGCAGCUUAUGAACGUGCCACCAUCACAGCCAGGGACACAGUGAGGAGUCUCACAGAAGUCGUCCCACGAUUGCUGGAUAAGCUACGGACAGUAGAACAGAAGCAGCCAGCAAAUAAUGUCUCAGCCAGCAUCCAGAGGAUCAGAGAGCUCAUCGCACAAACAAGAAGUGUAGCAAACAAGGUUCAAGUCUCCAUGUCCUUUGAAGGACAGUCAGCUGUUGAAGUACAUCCACAAACAAACAUGGAAGACUUAAAAGCUUUCACAUCUUUGAGUUUGUACAUGAUGCUUCACAAAGGCAGUGCACAGCAGGCCAUACCUCAAGAUCAGUUCAUUCUGUAUCUCGGAAGUAAAAAUACAAAAAAUUAUCUGGGCCUUGCAAUUAAGAAUGACAACCUGGUAUACAUUUAUAAUUUGGGCAGUGGUGAUGUGGAGAUACCACUGGACUCCAAGCCAGUCAGCUCUUGGCCAGCGUACUUCAGCCUUGUUAAAAUAGAGAGGAUUGGGAAGCAUGGCAAAGUGUUUCUGACUGUGCCAAGCCUCAGUAGCACAGCUGAAGAAAAGUUCAUCAAAAAAGGAGAGGUGCCUGGUGAUGGUUCUCUGCUGAAUCUAGAACCUAAAAAUACAGUUUUCUAUGUUGGAGGAGUGCCACACGAUUUUAAGCUCCCUUCAAGUUUGAAUCUGCCUGGUUUCAUUGGGUGCUUGGAGCUUGCUACAUUGAAUGAUGAUGUGAUCAGUUUGUACAAUUUCAAAAAUAUCUACAAUGUCACCAGAUCCGUACCCUGUGCAAGAGAUAAGUUGGCCUUUACGCAGAGCAGGGCUGUGAACUAUUUCUUCGAUGGCUCUGGCUAUGCUUUGCUGAGACACAUUGAGAGAAGAGGGAAGUUUGGCCUGGUAACUCGUUUUGAUAUAGAAGUUCGAACACCAACAGAUAACGGACUCCUACUUCUGAUGUUUAAUGGAACUAUGUUCUUCAGCCUAGAGAUGCAGAAUGGAUACUUAUAUCUACAAUAUGAUUUUGGCUUUGCCAAUGGCCCUGUAAUUUUAGAAGAUUCAUUGAAGAAGGCUGUGAUUAAUGAUGCAAGAUUCCAUGAGAUAUCCGUUAUAUACCAUAAUUCCAAGAAAAUGAUCUUGGUUGUGGAUAGGAGACAUAUAAAAAGUGUGGAAAAUGAGAAGAAAAAUAUGCCAUUUACUGAUGUCUAUAUAGGAGGGGCUCCUACUGAAAUUUUAAAAUCUAGUGGUAUCGGUUCCCAUCUGGCCAUCAGUACCAAUUUUAGGGGUUGUAUGAAAGGGUUCCAGUUCCAAAAGAAGGACUUCAAUUUGUUAGAGGAGCCAGGAACCCUGGGAAUUGGUUAUGGCUGCCCAGAAGAAUCACUUAUGUCCCGCAAAGCAUAUUUCAAUGGGGAAAGCUACAUUUCAUCCAGCCAGAAAAUACCCCUCUUUCAUGGAUUUGAAGGUGGUUUUAAUUUCCGAACUUUACAGCCCAAUGGACUGCUAUUCUAUUGUGCUGAAGGAUCAGAUGUGUUCUCCAUUUCUAUGGAUCAAGGGACUGUUGUUUUAAAUGCAAAAGGUGUCAAAGUUCAGACAGCAGACAAAUCCUAUAAUGAUGGGAAAUCCCAUUUUGUUAUCACAUCUGUCUCACCAGAAAGGCUUAUGCUUUUGGUAGAUGAAAAAAAGCAGUUCACAGAUAAUUUGGCAAAGAAUGGAGUUGGGGAAAAGACUAUGGAUGGCAAGAAAUUCUACUUUGGUGGCUCCCCGAUCAAUACUGGAUUUGCCAACUUUACUGGCUGUAUAAGCAAUGCCUAUUUCACAAGAUUGGAUCGGGAUGUUGAGGUCGAAGACUUCCAGCGAUACCCUGAGAAAAUCCAAGUCUCCCUGUAUGGGUGUCCUGUUGAAACUCCUCCAGCUGCCCUGCUCCAUAAGAAAAGAAAAAAUUCCUCCAAGUCCAAAGAAAGCUACAAUAAAAGGAAUGAAAAAGACAGUGAAGGAUUAUCACAGUUUUCACUGAAUCUAAACAAAAUGAAUCAAGAACUGAGAGUUCAGAGGGACCCACACUGCCUCUUAUCCAACAGCCCCAAAGCAACUGAACAUACGUAUCUGUUUGGAGGUACAGCAAAUAGCCGGCAAGAAUUUGAUUACUUACCAAAGGAUUUCAAUGAAAGAUCUCAGUUCUCCAUUACUCUGAAGACUCAGUCAUCCCAUGGAAUGAUAUUCUAUGUCUCUGAUCAAGAAGAGGACAAUUUCAUGGCCCUCUUUAUUGCCCAUGGCCGAUUGAUUUUUAUCUUUAAUAGUGGCCAACAAAAAUUAAGAAUUAGAACUCAAGAGAAGUACAAUGAUGAUCAAUGGCACAAUGUAAUGUUUGUUCGGGAGAAAAAUGCUGGCCGUUUGGUAAUUGAUGGUCUCCGAGUACUACAAAACAGUCUUUCCUCUUUUGACAAUACAUGGCAUGUUGUUAGCCCUUUUUAUAUAGGGGGUGUGGCACCAGGAAAAGCUGCUAAAAAUAUCCAGAUUAACUCAGUCUACAGCUUUAGCGGUUGUCUUGGCAGCUUAUUGCUCAAUGGAAGACCAGUCACUUCUCCUUCACAGACAUUUAGUGUAACUCCUUGUUUUGAAGGACCAUCAGAAGAAGGAACAUAUUUUUCAUCGGAAGGAGGAUAUAUUAUUCUUGAUGAAUCCUUCAGUUUGGGUCUGAAAUUUGAAGUGGUUUUUGAAAUCCGUCCUCGACGCAGUUCAGGAAUCUUAAUGCAUGCACACAGUGUAAAUGGAGAGUUCCUGAAUAUACACAUGAAAGAAGGACAGGUUAUUGUGAAGCUGAACAAUGGAAUCAAAGACUUUUCAACUUUAGUUAUGCCUAAACAGAAUAUCUGCGAUGGCAGAUGGCACAGAAUUGCAGUUAUUAGAGAUGCUAAUGUGGUGCAGCUGGAUGUAGAUUCAGAAGUGAAUCAUGUUGUAGGACCAUUAAAUCCAAGAUCAGUUGACCACAGAGAGCCUGUGUUUGUUGGAGGAGUACCAGAAUCUCUCCUGACGUUCAGCCUAACUACACGCAAUUCCUUUGCUGGAUGUAUCCGUAACUUUAUGAUUGAUGAAAGGCGAGUGAGUUUCAGCAAGGCGGCUUUGGUCAGUGGUGCUGUGAGCAUCAACAUAUGUCCUGCUGCCUGAAAAGCUGAUGAACUGCAAAGUUGCAAGGACUUGUACAGCACCAACAGAACACCAGCACAAAGCUGUGCUGGGUUCUGUCUUCAACACCAAAGAGAUGAAUAUAUAUAGCUCAGUAUAUUUAAUGAGAAAGUGUUAUGCUUGUAAUCAUUACUGGGAACUUGCUACCAAAAAAUACCCUUUAAAAAUAUUUUGUAGUGCACCAGAUUCUGAGGUCUGGGGGCAGGGAUCAUAGCUCAGUGUAUGCUGAGCUUGUGGAGAGUCCAAGGUUCAAUAGGCAGCAUCUCUGGGUAGGCAGAAAAAGUUCUGCCAGAAACUCUGGAGAGCUACUUCCAGUCAGUAUCAAUAACGCUGGGCUAGACAGAACAAGGGUCUGACUCAGUAUUCAGCUGGGCCCUGAGUUAUACCCAGGGGCUACCUCUGAUGUAAUGACUGGAGAAUGAAGAUUAUCACCCCAUAUCUUAUGCCUAAUGAAAUAAUGGGUUUCAGCAUAUCUAACUUAAAUAGGGUAUUAGCUGAUACAUGAAUCAACAACAUUCCUAAGCUUGUUGCUGUACACUUCAGAGUAUAGCUUCUAUAGCAUAGACUCCAGACAGAAAAUUCCUUUCUCUAAUUGUAUCUAUUUAUUGUCAGCAGUGGAGUCUGAAAAUCCCUUGCUUGACUUGGCCCAAACGCUGCACAUUCGAGAAUGUGUUCCUGCUGUUCCAUUAUAAUGCAUCAAUUUUGCUCCAACAGAGCCUGGAGCAUGAGCCUCACUAGAUGUAAUUCAGAUAACUGAAAUGUCCAAAGGUUACAAACAAAUGAAAUGCAGUUGUUAAGGGGUUAACAGAAAUAUAUUGGUAAUUUACUUCAUUCCCAGUGAAACAUUCCUAAAGCAAGGCUGCUGAAGCUUAAGCUCAUGUACAAGUUCUAGCCGACUAGCAAAUAUGCCUUCUUCUAGUGGCCUCACCCCCUUACCUCAGACUCUUGGCUAUAUACUUCAUCCCCGACUUCCAAAAGGUUCUAAUGCCUCUCCUAAGACUUAGUUACUAGCAGUCAAAGCCUUUCUUAAAAUAUGCCAAAAUGCUCUUGGCUACUUGAAGGCAGCCCUGAGGCCUACUUGAAGGCAGCCCUGAGAAAUGGCAUUCAGCUCUCAAGCUGCAAAGGUCAGACACCCUUGCCCUCAGCUAGCUUUUGGUCAUAACCUGCUGUAGGCCCAGCAAUCACGCAGAGAAUCUCAGGAUCCGCAUGCAGUCCUCUUUUCCCUGCCUGAGAACCUCUGUGUAUGCUUGUUGGAGCAGACGCCACUUGCACGGCACAGCUCGAUAGGGAGCUGGCUAGAGAUAGGGGAAGCAAACCCAGAGCUUUCAGCUUUCUCAUAUCCAGCUGCACUACUCAUGUUUGUAACCAGAUGCAUAUGGGAACAGACAGGAAGAAACAGUUCGUUGAGCACUACUGCGAUACUUCUUGCACAAGCACUGACUAUGGUGCAAGCUGAUUCUGUUCAUGAGUGGUAAUGAAUACAUCUGUUAAAUGUAUGUUACAGAAUAAACAAUGUAAUAGACAUGCUUCACAAACAA